GAAGAGGCAGAUGGUGUGUUUGGAACCAUGAUUGUCCGUCGCCCUGCUGCUAAAGAGCUGCAUAGCAGUCUUUAUGAUGAGGACCUGUCUGAACACUCAAUGAUUGUGUGGCACUGGUUUGGGAAAUCUACCAGGGAAGUUCUUACUGUCUCAAAAUAUACUGGAACUCGCUCUAGUGGGGAAGGACUUAUCAUCAAUGGGCUGGGAGGUCUUGAGGCAUUUGAGUUGCCACCAGAGGAAGACACAUUUGAUACAAUGCCAAGAGAGGUGUUCACUGUUGAACAGUUUGCAGGUUAUGUGGUGGCCAUGUGUGCUCAUAUGGUGCUAAGCUAUGAACCAGAAAAGAGAGCAAGUAAGUUUUAAGUGUACAGGUGAGAAAAUACUGAUCACAUUUCUCAUCUUGAUGGAGAACAUGUUGCAGUUGUCAUAACUUGCUAAAGGAAGGCUUACAGAUUCACACUGUUUGAUGGUGGGUGAAUACAAUGGAACCUAGAUGGGGGAAGAGAGCAGAUGCUACCCUGCACUAGUGAGUGCUUUAUGCUGACAGUGAUGUGGUACAAUGAACUUACGAUGCAGUGCUUGAACACACAUUUUGUAUAGCAUACAAUAAUUGAAGCAGUAGUGAGCACCUUGCCCAUUAGUGUCUUUCGUAUUCUUACUCAACACCUGAAGAAGAAGAUUGUGCAAGGUGGAUUCCACAUUUAUUGAAUAUUACUGUGCCAUACAUGUGUUGAAGACUUCCUUCAAUGGAGAAGUAAAGCUGGUGAUCCCAUGUUGUAGAUUUACGGCACGUAAAAGAA